AUGCCAUUCCAUCUAGUGUACGGCAGUGAAGCACUAGUCGCGGUGGAAGUCGGAGUGGAGUCCGAUCAGGUGCAACACUAUGAUGAGGAGAACGGCGAGCGGAGACUGAUGGAGCUAGACUUGGUCGACGAAGCACGGGACAAGGUUGCCGUUCGACUGAUGGCAUACCAGCAGCGGAUGAAACAAAAUUACAAUCGGAGAGUUAUCUCGUGGUCCUUCCAGGUCAGUGAUCUAGUGUGGAAAAAGAUAAAGCCGGUCGGCGAUGUCACCAAACUCGAAGCUCCAUGGGUUGGACCCUAUAAGGUCGUGCAGAAACUCUGCUUAGGAGCAUAUUAUUUGAAAGACAAAGAUUGA